AUGGCUCUUGGGGUCAUUUCUCAGAUCCUGCAUCCGUAUAAGGAUUUGAGGGUACUGAAGCUGAAUGAACCCUUAGCUGGUGCUCUGCUAGUGUCUCCAUGGGUGAACUUUGGCGAAGACACUGAGUCCUUUAGACUGAACACUGAUAAAGAUAUUGUUACUCCCCCACUAUUGCGAGAAAUGGUAAAAGUCUUCGUUGCAGACUCAGACCGCAACAACUGGUCUGAGCCCUACUUGACUGAAGAAGGGUGGUUCAAGAACUUUCCAGCAAAAAGUGUUCUGAAUUUAUCAGGGGAACAUGAACUCCUCAGAGACAGCAUUGACGAACUCGGAACGAAGAUGUUGAAGGCAGGAGUCAACGUUGAGAAUGUAGAAUGUCCUUUACAUGUGCAUGUUGAUUGUAUUUUAGACGCUCAAGCCGGGCUCGACUACGGAGAGAUGGCGACCAAGUCUUGGGAUUGGCUAGCUAAGGUUUUCUCAAAUGUGGCUUUUGUCACCGGUGCGGGCAGUGGCAUCGGGCAAGCUUGUACACUUGAGCUCGUCAGAGCCGGUGUGACCGGCCUUUUGAUCACUGAUAUCAACGAAAAAUCUCUUGCACAAACUGUGCGGCUGUCAAAGGCCAUCAACGAGAACUUGCCAAUAUUAGCAGAAGUAGCAGAUAUCACCCUGGACGACACAGCUACUCGACUUGUUUCUCAAGCAGCUGAGAAAUUCGGACGACUUGACUAUGCAUUGAACGUCGCAGGUGUUGUUGGGAAGCAGGGCCCAAUAGAUCAGCUAGAUCCAGCCGCAUACGAUUUCGUAGCUAGUGUCAACGCUAGAGCAGUUUGGCUGUGUGAACGAGCAGAGAUCGCGCAGAUGCUAAAACAAGACCGCGGCAAAACACACGAUGAUCGGACUGGUGACAGAGGAGCUAUUGUGAAUAUUGCAUCUAUUUGUGGAAUCGUUGGGUUCCCAUAUUCGACGCCAUAUACCAUGGCCAAACACGCCGUCCUUGGGCUAACAAGGUCGGACUCUACUACUUUUGCUGCACAAGGCAUUAGGGUCAACGGUCUCUGCCCUGGGUCAGUAUUUCUUACUACCUUGCUUUAUACUACUGGACGCUAA